GUUGCCGUUGUGGUCCUUAUUGUUGUUGCUAUUUGCCUUAACACACCUGCUUUCUCGUCAAAUCGCCACCUACACUUUGCCCGCCCCCAACCGACCCCAUCGAGCCUCUACUGACGAACAAUGGCACAGGCAUCGAAUCGUGAAGACGAGACACAGUCGUUAACAGCAAGUGUGACGGACUAUCCUAUGGAACAUGGAAGAAGAUACCAUAAAUAUCAUGAAGGCUCAUACUUGUACCCGAACGAUGAACAGGAACUGGAUCGAAUGGAUAUGCAACACCACAUGCUCAGGCUAGUCAACCACGGGCGCUUGUACUUCGCACCUGUCCAACGCCCAAAACGGAUCCUCGACAUUGGUACUGGUUCUGGUAUAUGGCCUAUCGAGAUUGCAUCCGACUUCCCAGAAGCCGAGAUCACAGGAACCGACCUGUCUCCUGUUCAGCCGCUUGAAGUCCCCGAGAAUGUUCACUUCCUUGUCGACGACGCCACGGAGGAGGACUGGCUGUGGGACCCGGAUCACUUCGACUUCAUCCACACGGGACAUCUGAUAGGAUCUCUACCGUCGUAUAAGGACCUGCUGAAGAAAGCACACAAGCACCUUAAGCCGGGCGGCUAUGUGGAAUGCCACGAGUUCGACUCCCGACUCAAAUGUGAUGACGGUACGAUGCCUCCUGAGGACCCUGACAAGUUCAGCGACUAUGCUCUCCAAGAUCUCAUGGACCUGCACCACCGCGCUGGCCAGGUCUCGGACCCGCCCCGACAGUUCCGAGUGGCCCAUCGCCUCGCACGCUGGAUGCGAGAAGUUGGAUUCGAAGACGUGCAGGAACAUCGGUCCAUGGUCCCUGUGAAUCCAUGGUCAUCCGAUCCACACCUGAUGAAGAUCGGGGCCUGGAGCGAGACAAACCUGCUGGAAGCGGUCGCGGGAUGGUCAUACAAGCCGCUCGCCAUACUGGGGUGGUCGAAGCCCGAGAUCGAAGUAUUCCUGGUCGAUGUUCGGAAAAGCAUCCAGAACCGCAACGUCCACGCCUACUUCGAGUUCUAUGCGGUGACAGGCAGAAAACCACUCGCUGGCUGAGUAGGUUCUGGUCUGCCUUCACUAAUCUUAGCGGCAUGACUCCUCACAUAUCCUCGGCUUACUUCUCUUUUUGUGGCAUAUUGUUUUCUUUUUACUCCUUCGUUUUCUUGUAUUAGCUGGCGCUGGCUGACGAGCGUAUGGCAUACGAUACCACUGCGGCAGAGAGUUUGGUGCAUUGGGAGGCGUGUCUUGGUCAAUUCACUACUUGGAAAUAUAUUGACAUUUAUUUGUCAUAUUCUCACCUAUUAUUAGUGCUUUGUGCAGUAUCCGACUGUAGGAGAAGACAGUGUU